GAAAGAUUCGAAGCAAGUCUCAAGGAGACUUGGAAGCUUGAGGAAAUCCCUGUAUUUGUCUGUUUACUUCUCAAUCAACACAAUCAUUAUAUUAAACUUUCAUCCCAAUCUUUCUCUCUCUUCCUGCUUGGAUGGACGCGAAAGCUUCGACCUUUCUCAAUCAGGAUUCACGACCAAAUUCUCCGUUUCCAAAACCCUAAUUCUUCUCAGAAGCCCUAAACAUUAAAUUUCUUAGAAAGAUGCUUUCUAACUUCGCCAAAUCGGCGGAGUCGGUCUUCUAUCGGUUGGCCAUAAAGAAGGUGUGCAAGUUUUUGUUGAAGAAGAAAUUAGGGCAACUUAUUCUUGGCGACAUCGAUCUUAAUCAGCUUGAUGUUCAGCUUAGCAACGGCACAAUUCAGCUUUCUGAUUUGGCACUUAACGUCGAUUUUAUUAAUAAGAAGUUUGGUGAAGCAGCCGUAUUGGUUGUUAAAGAAGGAUCCAUAGGUUCUCUAACAGUUAGACUUCCAUGGAAGCGUAGAAAUUGUGAAAUUGAGGUUGAAGAACUCGAAAUUGUCCUUGCUCCUGGUAGGAAAAGAAGUUCUCAAGCCGCAGACGAACCUUCUACUUCUGGUCAAGAUAGUAAUACCUACACCAGUCAUGGAUUCACGACACCAGAACAAGAUUUGGUCAACAGUACAAUGACAAAUCCUUCUGUGGACAUUCAUGAAGGAGUCAAAACCAUUGCUAAAAUGGUUAAAUGGUUGCUCACAAGCUUUCAUGUCAAAAUCAAGAAAAUGAUUGUUGCCCUUGAUCCAUUUCUAGAAGAACCAAAAGAAAAAGGGUUUUCCAGGACCUUGGUAUUACGAAUUGGUGAAGUGCAAUGUGGAACUGGAAUUUCUGAAGAUGUUGACCUUGAUAGUCAAAGGACAGUUGAUGGUUUUCUUGGCCUAAGUCAACUGACAAAUUUUUUAAAAUUUGAUGGAGCAGUUCUUGAGUUUCUUCAGCUAGAUGAUUUUGGCAACAAAUCAGCAUUUCCAUGUACUCCAGUCAUUACAGGAGAAAAGGGAGGAUUUUCAGGGACGAUAAAAUUAAGUAUACCAUGGAAGAAUGGUUCUUUAGAUAUCAGAAAACUAGAUGCUGAUGUUUUUAUUGAUCCUCUAGAAAUAAGAUUACAACCCAGUUCCUUAAAAAGCUUUAUGUAUUUAAUGCAUGUUUUUGAGGAACUGGAGAACGACCACAAGAGUUUUAUGGACAAUAAACCGAACGAAUCUGUAUACUACAAUGCAUCAUUCCAUGGUUAUUCAUCAGAGUUUUCAUCUGAUAAACCCUCUCAGAAACCUGAAACAGAAUCAUAUCUGGAUGCUUUACUUAGAGGGUCACAUUUAAUAUCAGAUUGGAUGACAUCACCUGUUACCAGUAACCUAGACACGAAAACUGAAGAACCAGAUAUUGAUGCCAGUGUGGAUCAAUUCUUUGAAUGCUUUGAUGAAUUGAGAACUUCACAAUCUGCAUUGGGGAACAGUGGGAUGUGGAAUUGGACAUGUUCUGUUUUCAGUGCCAUAACUGCUGCAUCUAAUCUUGCUUCUGGAUCUCUUCAUAUCCCCUCUGAACAGAAACAUGUUGAAACUAGUCUCAAGGCAAGGAUCACACAUAUUGUAAUCUUGUUUUCCUUUGUGGAUGAAGACAAGAAGCCUUCUUGUAUCCAUUAUAUAAAUGCAGAUUUUCAUGAGAUGCAGCUUAUGUUACAGGUGUGUCCCCGAGAAUCAAACUUUGAAGCAUCAGUCAACCAUAUUGAGGUAGCUGAUCAUUUCAGCAAUACAUCCGAUUCAAAUGUGAAAACUCAAGAUUCAUUGAUCAGAAAGAAGCAAGCUGCAGUUGAAGGUGCUUGUCCUCCUUUGAGUUUUCAGGUUCAAAGUGAUUCUCCAAACGUUUCACAAAGAGGUUAUCGAGGUAUUUACAGUGAUGACGUGGCAAAGGUUUUGAUUCUUAAAACUUCUGGUGUCACACAAUGCCAGUUUAUCACACCUACUGUUUCCCAAGAUGUCAAGUCACAGCCAAAAUCUUUUUCUAUAAAACUUCCACCACUCGUUUUCUGGGUAAACUUUCAUCUGAUAACUACAGUGCUGGAUCUUUUCAAAGAAAUAGAAAAAUCUCGUGAAAUAUAUGUCAAAAAGGACCUUUCUGCAUCGAUCAGUGGUGAUAUCAAUAUCACCCCAAAUCACUCACAUAGAGAAGUUCUAAGAGGCAACAUCUUUCUUCUUGAUGCAAGAAUGGUGUUAUGUUUUCCAUGUGAGAAAAAUCAAAAUCAAGAAUAUAAAACCUACUUAUCAUGGAAUGAGUUCAUUGUCAUUGAUUUUUCUUCUCCAUUGCCCUUGGGGAAGGUCAAAUCAAGUCAAAGAUUUCGUGUCACACCCUCGCGUUCCUUCCACUUGAGUGUAGGAAAUAUAUCAGUCUACUUUGUGAAUGACAUGCAAAAUCUCAAAUUUCGUGUGGAAAGGGUAUUAUCGGUAUUUGAUAAAACAGGGCAUCCAUCUGUUUUCAGUAUGAUAUUUCAAGACAAUGCUGUGACUGGUCCUUGGAUAACAAAAAAAGCCAAGAUUCUUUCUACUUCAGAUGGAACCACUAGUAGGAAUAAAUCAACAGGAAAAGGCCAUGGGUUUGCAUUUGUAACCACAACUAAGGAUUUAGAAGACUUUAACACUCAAACACGAGAAGAAAUGGUUUUAACCUCUUCAUUUUUCAUUCAUGCUCGUUUAUCUCCAGUCACCAUCAAUUUAAACAGUUCUUUAUAUCAAAACAUACAUAAUCUUUCACACCAAAUUACCGAUUGGUUAUCACACAUAUCCCCUAAUCAAGUUCCCACUACACAAAAACACUCAUCAUCUCAAUCAUCAAUCUUUCUUGAAUGCAAUCUUGUGGAGAUUUCAGUAGCAAUGGAGGGAAUGAAAGACUCGAUUCGGAAUGAACUUCCGGGAUCUUGGUGUAAUCUGAAACUAAAAGUUGGAAACUUUGAGUUGUUAACUGUGUCAAAUACAGGGGGAAUAUGUGGGGCCAGUUUUCUUUGGGUGGGUCAUGGUGAGGGAGAUCUUUUGGGUUCUACUACAGAAGUUUCUGGUAAAAACUUUCUUCUUAUCUCAUGUGAAAACUCCACAAAGGGACGUGGAAAUGGUGAAGGUUCAAACAUACUGUCUUCUAGGCUUCCAGGGUCUGAUAUCAUACACAUGUGGGACCCACAAACUUUUAUGAGUCAAGUAUCUAUAAACAUCAGAUGUGCCACUAUAGUUGCCAUAGGUGGUCGUUUGGAUUGGUUUGAUGCUAUCAUAUCUUUUUUCAGCCAGACUUCAACCGAAAGUGACCAAAAGGAAGAUACAAUUUCUGGCUCUUCUUUUGUUCUUAACUUGAUUGAUAUCGGUUUGAGCUAUGAACCAUACUCAAGUAAUCCUACAUCUCAACAAGAUUCUGAACCUCGUGUUUCUGGUUUUCUAGCAUCAUCAAGUUUGAAACUUUCAAAUGUUUCAUCACCUAAUUCAGUCCAAAAGGAGUAUGAAAUCAAAGGUCAUGAUUUAGGCCUACUGUUAUGUGAAGAAUCUGGUGUUAAGAAUCUUGAAAGAUCUUACAGUGAGCAGAAUCUUCGAAGAUUUGGGUAUGUAAAAGUUGCAGAAGAAACACAUAUCGAAGCUGUUUUAAGAACAAAUUGUGUAAAUGGACAUGAAUGGGAAAUGGAAUGUCAUGAAUCUCAUAUUGUUCUAGAAACUUGCCAAGAUUCUACAUCAGGACUUGCUCGUCUUGCUGCUCAAAUCCAGCAGAUUUUUGCUCCUGAUGUUGAAGAAUCAAUUGUUCAUUUGCAAACAAGGUGGGAUGAUGUCCAGAUGUCACAAGAGAGUUGCAAAUCAAGAAGCUCAAGCCACCAUUCUGCUUCAUCAAGUUCUGAGUUUCAUGAAACGUAUACAGUCAACUUGAUGGAUGAAAUAUCUGAAGGAGCAUUUGAUUUGAAUGAAAGUCAUGAAUUUGUGCCACCUGUUAAAGUCCCAUUUCAGAUGUUUGGGUUGGAAGAUAGUGGACUGGAGUUCAUAGACGGGUACUUCAACAACCAAAGUUCCAGUGGCAAAACGGUAAUUCUAAAGGAAACUGAAGGGCAAGUUGGAAGCGGAUGGUAUGGGGAUUCACUUUUGACAAUUGUUGAGGAUCAUGUUUUUGGUAAUGGAGAAAAAACAAAAUCCAAACAUUUUGUUGAAAGUGGACCCUCUAAAAAAGUUAAGGGUCGUGUGGUUUUGAAAAAUAUGGAUGUAAGGUGGACACUCUAUGGUGGGUUGCACUGGCAAUAUACAACCGAUUCUUGCAUGAGGAAUAAAGAUAUAGGCUUAGAGUUUAAGCUUUCAAAGAUGGGUUUUCAAUAUGAUAUGUUCCCUGAUGGUGAAAUAACUGUCUCUAAGCUUUCUGUUUCAAUUCAAGAUCUCUGCCUCGAUGAUGUCAGCAAUCGAGCACCAUGGAGACAGAUUCUGGGGUGUUAUCAAUCAAAAGAUCGCCCUAGGGAAUCGUGUUCUAGGGCUUUGAAAUUUGAUUUAGAAUCUGUUAGACCACAUCCUUCAAUUCCUCUUGAAGAAUAUAGGUUACAAAUUUCAGUGCUUCCUAUUCGAUUACAUCUUCAUCAAAGCCAACUUGAAUUCUUAAUCAAUUUCUUUGGUGGAAAGAACUUGUCUCCUGAUCAUUCACAAGAAACAUUUGAAAUAGAUUUGCCAGAGGAGGCAUUACUUCCUUAUUUCCAGAAAUUUAGCAUAACACCUGUUGUUGUUCGUGUUGACUACAUUCCUUCUCGCGUUGACUUACCUGCUUUAGGCCAUGGGAAAUAUGUGGAACUUGUUAAUCUAUUUCAAUGGAAGGGUGUAGAGUUACAACUGAAAAAUGUUCAAGCUGUUGGUGUUUAUGGAUGGAGCAGUGUAUGUGAGACCAUUAUUGGCCAAUGGUUGGAAGACAUUUCCCAGAAUCAGGUUCACAAACUACUGAAAGGUCUUCCUCCAAUUCGAUCACUAGUUGCAAUUGGUUCAAGUGCUGCAAAAUUAGUUUCUUUACCUGUAAAGAACUAUAAAAAAGAUCGCAGAUUAGUGAAGGGCAUGCAAAGAGGAACAAUUGGGUUCUUGAGGAGUGUCUCACUUGAAGCUAUUGGACUAGGGGCACAUUUGGCAGCAGGGGUACAUGCCAUCCUCCUCCAAGCAGAGGAAAUAAUUUCCACCACCUCACCAACUUCCAUCCCAAGGCCUAUACAAACCAGGGUCAACCCAUAUGGACGACCCAGUCAACCCAAAGAUGCUCGCCAAGGGAUACAACAGGCUUUUGAGACCAUGAGUGAUGGUAUAGGAAGAUCCGCCUCUGCUUUAGUCCAGGCUCCCCUGAAAAAGUACCAACGCGGGGCAGGUGUCGGGUCCGCUUUGUCUACCGCGGUGCAGGCCGCUCCCGGAGCCGCCAUAGCUCCGGCUUCUGCCGCCGCACGUGCAGUCCACUCUGCACUUCUUGGUGUCAGAAAUAGCCUUGAUCCGGAGCAUAAAAAAGAUUCCAUGGAUAAAUACUUGGGCACAACUCAAUCUCAGCCUCUUUAGGAAAAGCCAUCAGAAGUGUGAAACUAUAACAAGAAACAAGAAGACGUAUUUAUUAGCAAGAGGCGAAAACAUGUAGUAGUUUUGGUUUUGCUUAUGGGACAAUAGUGUGGGGUCAUUGUGAUGUUAGUGACUCCCUGCAAAGGCUCUUGUGUGAAAUUACUUGAGUGCCCUUUGACUGCGGUGGAGAUUGUGUCAUGGAAGUGGUGGGUACAAGAGUCAUUUAGGUUUGAUGUGUACAUAAUAGGUGGUGGUGAUGGGGAUAUUCAUUUUAAGUGUGUAUUAGUGCUUCUUUUGGGUAGCUUUGUAAAGUUGUAAUUCUAAUGGGGGUUUUUGUAGGUAUAAUGUUUUCAUAAGUUUGCACAUUUCAUGAAAGCUUGAAGUUGUAUAAAAUUCCACAUGAUUUGUUGUACAUAAUUCAUGAUGAAGUGAACUCA